CCACUGACAGUGUCUCGCGGGCCGCGCUGUCGACUUCACACGUACGACACACGUUCCCACACAUUUCUGUAACUGUAUAAGUCUCGAACUUUGGGAUUAAUCUCGAAAGCUAACGAUCGAUAUAAUACUUAAGUUAUAACUCCCGUCAGUAAUCUGUGCUUCUAUAAACAUAAAGUUGUCUCAGUGUCCUCAAAGUUGUAUCGCGUAAACUCGAAAAGUGGAUAAGUGAUUUAAAAAACUAAGAAACUUUAUAGUGGUGUAUCUCCGGCGUAUCCGGAGGUUAAGAGGUCAAUAAAGCGGUCAAAGUGUCUCCGAUUAAAUUGUCGGCUAUGGAUAGCAAUUCGGUGUCACCAAUGCCGGAGUUAGCGCCGAUCGCAGAGUUCGACAAGUCCCCACCUUCACCACCCAACGAGGAGGUCCCGAUGGACGACCUGCCUCCACCACCCGCUACCAUCUCCCAAGUUGAAGGCAAAAAGAAGCUUAAAAUACAACGCAGCCGUUCGUACGAUUCGGAGGAACACGAACGGGGAGCUUGCGAGUGGUGUGAGUACGCUCUGGUCAUCACCCUCGCGACCAUCCUGCUCAUCGGCGUCUCCGCGCUGACCAUCUUCUGGACCUUCUUCUACAGAGAAGGAUAUGGCUGGGCUGACGACAUCCCUGAGAAGCAGUUCAACUUACAUCCGACGCUUAUGAUCGCCGGAUUUAUCACUUUUAGUGGUUUCUCGGUGCUGCUCUACCGCAUCUGCCGGUGCUUCAGACGCAUAUACGUCAAGCUGCUGCACGCGAUCUUCCACGCCCUGGCGUUCCCGUGCAUUGUCAUCGGCUUCCUCGCCGUCCUCGACUUCCACAACAAGAAAGGCAUCAACAACUUCUACUCUCUUCACAGCUGGAUUGGCUUCGUGGCUAUGGGACUGUUUGGACUUCAGUACGUCGUCGGUUUCUUCAGCUUCCUCCUACUGUUGAUUUGCAAUAAAGGCACGGCCAACUUCCGUGCCUCAUUGGUGCCAAUUCACGCUGCGUUCGGCGUCCUUACUUUUGUGCUCGGAGUGUGUGCUUGCCUCACCGGAUUGACUGAAAAGGCUCUCUUUGCCCUUGGCGCGGAUCGCUACAGCGGGCUGCCGGACGAGGGAGUCAUCAUCAACGCGAUCGGAGUUACCAUCAUUGCCAUAACAGCUGUGGUCAUGUAUAUUCUGUCGAGGAACAAAUUCAGAACCGAAGCGCGCGAUAUGAGAGCCUCUGUAGAUUUGUAGAUUUAAUUUUACUUAUAGGGUCUCCGCAGACGAUGGAUUAUCUGUGGUGCACUUUUUAAUCCGUGGAAAUAGAACUUAAAAAAUUAUAUGCAGUAAGAGUGUACGACGCGCAAAAAGUUUAAUGGACGCACUUUACGGUAGAGGCAAAUAACAAACGGCAAGCAGCGGUAAACACCACAGAUAGCUUGUUUGCCAAUGGUAACGCUUUGGAGCGUUCCGAUUGGCGGGCAAGAUAUCGCAAGCAUACGCAAACACCCGUCCACACGCUUGCUGUUUGCUGUUUGCCACAAGCAUUUGGCGGCUCCAAAAAUCCGCAGUAGGCAUCUACCUACUUUGACAGACCACGCAUAGGUACUAACGUACAUUGUAAUGAUCGUUCUCGUAGUGAUGUGUCUGACCAGUUCUGCCGAAAAAAUGACUAUUCAGUGGAAAAAAUGUUCUUAGAUAUUAUACGUAGUCUGUGAAAGUCUGCCACGUACUUUUUUUUUGGCAAGGCACGCAGAAUUUGUGCACCACGGACUAGAUCCACAAAAAACGCGUCAUCUGUGCAUGCCCUUAUUAGCCUGGGCAGACACAAAGCCUAAUUAAGUAAGACAUAGAGACGUGAUGGCAGUGGCAAGGCAGAAAAUUAUAGUGAACUAGAGGAUGCCCGCGGUUUCGCCCGCGUGGAUUUCGGUUUUUUUAAAUCCCGUUGGAACUCUUUGAUUUUCCGGAAUAAAAAGUAGGUUAUGUCCUUCCCCGGGAUGUAUCCCAAGUCUGUACCAAAUGUCAUUAAAAUCGGUUCGACCGUGAAAACGUAGCAGACAGGCAGACAGAUACACACACUUUCGCAUUUAUAUUAUUAGUAUGGAUGAGAUUUAUAAACAUACAAAGAACUGUAUGAGUGAUGCGUCUGCGUCCAAGGUACCUACUGAUUAAAUACUCCUUUCAUGUUCUAUUGCAUGUUACCUUACAUCAGUCUAUACUUACGUAUGUUUACAUUGAAGAGCGCAAUUUGAACAGCGUUCGAGGACUUCAACGUGGGGACAUUUUCAUACAGUUUCUUGAACUUCUUUAGCCGCGAAAACCCGUUGCUAUCGCGCCUUUUUGUGUUUCUAAACCAAGCCAAGUUGUUUGAACACUGCCAGACAGUAAUAUUUUUCUUAUGGUUUAUUUAAAAAUAAAUACAAUACACGUACAAUGUAGUUUUAUCCACGUACGAAAAAUACAAAUACAAAGGCAGGGUUAUUUAUUAGGUUUGAUUUGACCAACAAAUCUAAGUAAAGACUUGAAACAUAUAGCUUACAAUCUAGACCUAAAUAGUUAGGAUAGAAUUUUUAAAUAAGAAUUUUUACCAAUAUUUUGGUCUACCUUGUUUUAUCGAUAGGAUUAAAAAGAAUUAGGAUAGUAUAUUUUUUACUUUGUUUCUUUAAUAUAUUAUGAAAUUUUGUACAGUAAAACAUGACGAAGUACCUAUCUAUGUACAAAUAUGGAGGCUUUUAUAUCUCGAAUUAUAUUAUAUACCUAAUUGCAGAUUCGGUCUGUAUCAGACCAAAUAUUGUAGAAUACAUAAACUUAAAUUAUAGGAAUACAUUUGUUUUAAGAAUAUACUUAGGUUUAAAUAAAUAUUAUAAGCUGUUUAUUUUACAAAUUUAUUCUUAGACAAGAUAAUAUUAUUUCGUUGCAAUAAAAUAUUGUAAUGUGA